GCCGGGUGUAAAAAUACUCUUUUUGCAAAAACGAACUGAGACUUAGAGCUUGAGCCGUGUUGAGGGAGGCUCAGGGGUGUGAGUGGCCGCCGGCUGCACAGGGCAGUGUCCCUGCUUACCUCCUGGGAAGGCGCUCGUCUCGAGAGGCCUGCUAGAAUUCCAGAAUUGACAGAGGCGGCACCAUGAAGAUGCUCCUGCUGUGUGUGGGGCUGCUUCUGACCUGGGAGAAUGGACGUGUCAUGGGAGAGGAGCUGGUCUCUGACAACGAGCUCCAGGAAAUGUCCCUCCAAGGGAGUAAAUACAUUAAUAAGGAAAUUCAAAAUGCUGUCCAGGAGGUGAAACAGAUAAAGACUCUGAUAGAAAAAACAGAUGAAGAGCGCAAGUUACUGCUCAACACCUUAGAGGAUGCCAAGAGGAAGAAGGAGAUUGCUCUAGAUGAGACCAGGGAUUCUGAAAUGAAGCUAAAGGAACUGCCAGGAGUGUGCAACGAGACCAUGACGGCCCUCUGGGAAGAGUGUAAGCCGUGCCUCAAGCAGACCUGCAUGAAGUUCUACGCACGAGUCUGCAGAAGUGGCUCGAGUCUGAUUGGCCGCCAGCUCGAGGAGUUCCUGAACCAGAGCUCGCCCUUCUACUUCUGGAUGAAUGGUGACCGCAUUGACUCCCUGCUGGAGAAUGACCGGCAGCAGAGCCACAUCUUAGACGCCAUGCAGGACAGCUUUACACGGGUCUCCAGCAUCAUGGACACAGUCUUCCAGGACCGCUUCUUCACCGAGGAGCCACAGGACACCCACUACUUCUCGGCCCUAGGCCUGCCCCACAGGAGGCCUCACCACUUCUACCCCAAGUCCCGCUUCGUCCGCAGCCUCAGGCUUUUCCCCUCAUUUGGGUCCCUGGGCUUCCCUGACAUGUUCCAGCCUGUCCUUGAAAUGAUACAUCAGGCCCAAGAGGCCAUGGAUACCCAGUUUCAUGGCCCGGAUUUCCACUUUCCAAACAUGGACUUCACACGAGACAAUGAUGCCCACACCGUGUGCAAGGAGAUCCGUCACAACUCCACGGGGUGCCUGAAGAUGAUAGACCAGUGUGACAAGUGCCGGGAGAUCUUGUCUGUGGACUGCUCAGCCAGCAACCCUGCUCAGGCUCAGCUGCGGCAGGAGCUGAACGAUUCUCUACAGAUGGCUGAGAAGUUGAGCCAGCGGUACAAUGAGCUGCUCUGGUCCUAUCAGAGGAAGAUGUUCAACACCUCGUCCCUGCUGGAGCAGCUGAACCAGCAGUUUAGCUGGGUGUCCCAGCUGGCCAACCUCACCCAGGGUGAAGACCAAGCCUACCUCCAGGUCUCCACGGUGACAUCCCACACUUCUGACUCAGACACCCCAUCCCGUGUCACGGUGGUUGUUGUGAAGCUCUUUGACUCUGACCCUAUCACGGUGAGGAUGCCAGAAGAAGUCUCCAUGGACGACCCUAAGUUUAUGGACACAGUGGCAGAGAAAGCGCUGCAGGAAUACCGCAGGAAGCAGCAACAGGAGUGAGAUGUGAGCAUUGCUUUCCCACAUGUGGGGGGCCUUGGAGUGUGGUUCCCCAAGGUGAGCCCAGACCCCCAGAGAGAGCUCCGCAUGUCUCCACGUGACUAGGCCCCCAACUUCACAGGCCUCGCCUCCCUCUGGAUUCUGCACCCUAACACUUGCACUGCUGCCUAUGGGAAGAAUUGCUUCUGCGUGCAACUAAUUCAAUAAAGCUGCCUGUCAACGGAGAGUCCCAGGCCUCUUUCCAUACUCUGCUGUUCUUCCUCCCUUAUCCCUUCAUUUUGGUACAGGGAAGAAAAAGAAGUAGAAUAAGAAAAGUACAGGCUAAUGGGGCUACAGCUCAAUUCCACACACUUGCCUAGCAUGAAAGCCUUGGCUUUGAUCUCCACGGCCA